AUGGCGACAAUGCCACCAUCCUCCCUGCAACUCCCCAACCAGUUCCCACUCACGUCCUCAUCGACCAAACCCCAUUCGCCCAAACCCUUCUUCUCCUUCGCAACCCGAGCCACUGACCCGGAAACGCCACCCUCCGAGCCAUCGUCCGAAUCCGGUUCCGGCCCGGAUGACUUCGACAGCAAGCUGAGCCAGGUCCGACUCCGAUACCGCAGCGGCACUGGAAAGAAAGCGGAAAUCCGGAAGACCAAGAAGUCCAAAAGCGGGUCCGGAUCCUCAUCCGCGUCCAACUUGUACCUUCCACCGGUGCCGCUCAAGGAGCCGGUGUCUGGAGGGUUGAAGGUAAAUUUCGGGUUCAGCCCGUACAGCGAGAGGUUAAACGGGCGAAUCGCAAUUCUGGGUCUAACGGCGUUGCUGCUGGUGGAGCUGGCGACUGGAAAGAGCGUGUUGAAGUAUCAUACGCCUCCGGUUGUGCUGGUGCAGGUUUACUUUGUGGCGGCGGUUGCGGCGGUGUAUAUUAAGUAUGAGAAAGAGAAGGUGAGCGUGUGGCCUCAGUCCGCUCCGCCCAAAGAGUGAACAGAAAUUUAAAUUAUACAUGUGAUUGUUCAUUUGUUAAAUUUUAAUUAAUUUGGAUUUGUUUUUGUAAUGCAAAUUCCAUCUUUGAUUAUAACAUUAAACGUUGAGUGUGUCAUUCAAAAUUAGGAUUAU